CAGCUACAGACACAAACAAGCCUGCCCAUCCAUCCAGGAGGACGAACUUGUAAACAGAGGAAAUCGUUCGAUCGACAGGAAGUGUCUUCAAGCUUCAGCUAGCAGCUAUGCCGUUCGUGCCGGCGUGCGUGCAGUGCGGCACCCGGAGCAACCCGUGCCGGUGCAAGGUUCUCGGCCCGACGCUGGGGUUCGUCGCCUUCGUCGCCACCGGCGUCGUGGAGUGGCCGCUGGGCGCGGUUGUGUACCUCUUCCGCCACCACAAGGGCCGCCGCAUCAUGGGACACCCGGCCAGGGUCGUCUACCCGCGCGUUACCAGGGCGAUCCCGAUAUGAUCGUGAUCAGGCGCGCCAUUCCUGUAUACUUACUUGGUCAGCUGCUUCUAUCGUGUGCGUGAGUGAUUAUUCGAUAAUAAGGGGUUGUGUGCAUCGUGUUGCAACAGGCUCUGGCCAUCUAUGUACAUGUAAUAUUCGCUGGUCAAUAUUACUACUGUUUUCGUCA